AUGCCAGAUGGCUCUGUUACGCUCAUCGCGACGCCUUCGGUCGCACACCGCUUCGCACCGGUGGUGGCGUGGUUUUGGCACGACGUCGUCGACUGGCUCUCGGAAGGCCGCGACGCGCAUGAGGGCGUCAGCCCCGGCGAGUGCGCCUCGUGGGCCCGCAAGGGCGAGUGCGCCAGCAACUUGCCUUGGAUGGUCCUUCACUGCGCCGCUUCGUGCGCAGAGCACUUGCCGCACUGCCGCGGCGGCGUGUGCUUGUACGACCUCACGGUGGAGCCCGCCGGCAGCCGCCGCACCGUCAGCGUGAAGGGCUUCUCGGCGGUCGGCAGCGACGCGGCGGCGAGGCGGGCGGUGGAAAUGGGAGGGACUUUGGCCCUCACCUACGAACUCACCUUUCCGGCCAUCGCCGCGGACCGCCGCCUCCUGGUUGCGGUCAACCACACCAAGCAAGACAGCGAGGCGUGGGCGGGGCAUCCGACCCUCUACUACCAGUCUGGCUCGCUGGUGCACUCCUACAUCGUGUGUGACUUCUACCUGUCCGAGAUCGCGCUGGGGAUUUCUUUCUUGACCGGCUGGCUCUCCCUCAUCGCGCUGCGAAGGCAGCUCUGCCAGAUGUUCCCCGAGUGGGCGGAGGUGGCGCCGACGUGGGUCGCACACGCGCUGCUCUUUGCCGGCCUCGUCCUCCCUGUUUUCCUUGGGUGGGUCCGGGGGAUGAUGACGUUGCUAAGACUCACCAGCCCAUCGACGGUGUUCGGUUGGCAGCUUUUCAUACGGCUGGAUUGGCUGCAGCUCGCCAGUUACCUCGCGGUCCGUGGCCGCAUGCGACGUGCUCACAUGUUGUUACCACCGGCGGAGGACUACGUCAACGGAGCAGUACAGCGGCUACUCGGGUGGCUGUUGGACGCCUCCAACGUCGUCGACUGGCUCGCGGUCGCCAUCUUCGAGCUGCCGAGGAGCCUCCUUGCGCUGUCGAUCCGUCCGUCCGUCGUGCUCGUCCGCUGGCUAGACAGGCGGCUCCGCAUCUCCUCGGGGGAGAUCGCGAUCGGAGAGUCGCUGGGCCAUCUCGCGGCCACGCAUGGAGGGUACGCGCUCUGGACCCCGGUCUUGGCUGCUUACCCCGUUCUGGAACUCGGACUCGCGGUGUUUCGGAGCCCGUCACAGUGGCUCGCCCUCGCCCUGACCCCGGCGCGCGUCCUGACGGCUCUGCCGCUGGUUGUGCUUCUCAUGCCCGAGGAGGUCGACGGAGCACUGCGACUCUGCAUCGCCGCGCUUCGGCUGGUCGCGUCUGCAUGUUGCGCAGCGGGCGUGAGGAUCGUUCAGGCGGUUUGGCGGUGGGCCGCCGGCGCCGUUCUCCAGGAGGAGGUCGAGCACCGCGCGAACACGCGCCGCGUGGCCGUCGGAAGCCGCGUCGUGUGGAUAAGCCACGAUCCCGAUAUCCCUGUGGGCCAGAUUGGCAAGGUCCUGUCGCGGGCGGCCGGGCACGCCGGUGAGUUCUGCGUGCAGUUUCCAAACGGCACUUGGCGCUUCGCCGAGUCGUCGUUGAGGGUCGCGCCCGAGAGCGCGUCGGAGCAGCGGCAGAGGCUUCGGGCAGCGCAGGGGCCCGGUGCCGGCGACGUCGGCGGGAUCGCGGCGCGGCAGCGGAGGAGGAGAGGCUGGACCGCGAGCCAGCUGGAGGAGGAGAAGCAGCGCCGCCAGCAGGAGCAGUCCCGGGUCGCGCAGGCAGCAGAGUCCGGCGGCACGCAGGGCGUACAGGGCGCGGAGGCGGAGGAGGCUUCUGGCGCCACAGUGGCCGCUCGAGUGGCAGGAAGUGUGAUGGAGUGGGAGUGGUUCGCCAUAGCCAUCACCGUCAACUUCCUCGUCGUGACCGGGGGUCGGGUCGGCCUACCUCUUUCCCUGGCGCCUCGCGUCCUCCUCGCGCCCUCUGGGUGGACCGCUGACGGGAUCGUCGACGUGGCCAUCAACCUCACCCUCGCGCAGGCUACCGCCAGCCUCACGUCCUACAUCGCUGGUCUCGACAAUUCGACGCUCGCGGAGGCCCUCUCCAACCAAGUCUCCAACCACGCCUGGAGCCGCGCGGUGCAGCGUUGGUGUGCCGACCGCGUUGCCGACGGCGCGCUGGCGGCACGGCUGGCGGAGUAUUUCAGCGGGGAUGCGUUCGGCGUCGAGGCGGCGCUCGACAGUGUGUGGACGAGGGUGCUGGCGCCACUCAAGGGGCUGGCCUCAAGGGGCUCGAGGGGCUGGAGCUGGUGCAAGGCGUGCGUCUCGCACCUUAUGCAUAACCUUGCGGCGGGAGGGACGGGCCGUCGCCAGCAGGGACCUUCCGCGCACGAGGGAGCGCAGGACGGCCUGCAUAGCGCGGACACGCAGACGACGCCGGGACUGGCGCGGCAGGCUUUACGCCGCGGCUCAACGUACGCGAGCGACGAUGGCGCGUCACCCGGAGCCGGCGGCGGCGGCGAGCCGAGUGCACCAGCCGACGGAGAGCCGCAGAGCGCGCAGCAGCCCGCCGUCGCCGUCUCGCUGGCAAACGCCGCCUUCGACACGGGGCGGCCAGCGGCCCCCGAGUCGACCCUCGGCGGUGAUACCACGUGCAUCGUGUGCUUCACCAACCCAAAGACGCACAUCGCCGCGCCGUGCGGCCAUCUCUCCGCGUGCGGCGCCUGCUCCGCCAAGAUGGAGCAGUGCCCCUACUGCCGCGAACCGCGCCGGCGUGCCGCGAAGCGAGCGUGUGACUAG